AUGAACGAAUCUGUUUUUAUCACAAAACAAUAUGCAUCUGGUCUUAUCUCGUUCGAUAUUCUCGACAAAUCAUCUCAUAUCGGAUGUAUUACAAUAAAUAAUCCGUCAAAACGUAAUGCGAUAUCAAUUACAAUGUGGUUAGGUUUAUCAAAUUUAUUAGAUGAUUGUCUUCUUAAUUAUAAAACUAUUCGUGUACUAAUAUUAACUGGCCAUGGUCAAAUAUCAUUCUGUUCGGGUGCGGAUUUAUCGGAAAAAGAUCCUGAAGAUAUUGACCAAGCAAUUCCAAAUCUACGCAUUAAAAUUCGUCAAUAUCCAUUGCCUAUUAUUGCAAAAAUCAACGGUUAUUGUUUAGGUGGCGGUCUUGCGCUGGCAAUGAGUGUGGAUAUUCGCAUUGCAUCUCAAAAUGCUCAGUUUGGUAUUCCAGCAGUUAAAUUAGGUUUAGCAUGUCCAAAAGAUAUAAUUGAUCGUUUGAUUCAGUUAAUUGGCGAAUCUCGUGCUAAAAUGGUCCUUUAUACGGGUGAUCGAAUAUCUGCUCAUCAAGCUCAUUCCAUAGGAUUGAUUCAAUAUCUAUGUCAUAAUCAUGAUGAUUUAGAUAAAUACGUAUUUGAUUUAGCUCAAAAAAUAUCAUCUAAUGCUCCACUGUCAUUACGUUCAAUUAAAACAAUGAUUGAAAGCGGAGACGACAAGUUAGCUAUACAAGCAGCAAUAGAUGCAUGUCGAACUUCUAAUGAUACUAAUGAAGGACGGAACGCUUUUCGAGAAAAACGUGAACCUCAAUUUCAAGGUUCUUAA